UUGACUCUAGACUCGUCGCCUGCCCACGACCGGAUAUCUCAAUUCUUUCUUCUCUUCUUUCUGCGCGCAUAUAUAAAGCCCAGAAAAGCCAAACGAAAACCACCUGCGAUUACUUCAUCCUCUCCUUCCAGGAAAGAAAGGGAAAAAAGUUCAGGAAAGGGUUCUUCUGCUCGAUCUUCGAGGCGACGCACGCACGCCCAAAGCCAAAGGCAGGGCGCGCGCGCACAGGGAGGAUCCAAUUGAAUCCGACUGAACUUAGUCGACCGGCAAUCGACAUGGUGGUCGCCGAUGUGGCCGUGACUCUGGUGAAGCUCAUCUUCAACCUCGUCGUCGCCAUCAGGGGCGCGUCGAGGAAGGCGAAGCGCAACAAGAAGGAGUGCGGGGACAUCGCGGAGCAAGCCUCCUCGCUCGAGGCCUCCCUGUCCUCGCUCAUCGACGACGACGGCGUCGCGGCGCCGAGGCACCCGGCGGUGAUCUCCGCGCUCAAUAAGCUCCGCGACACGCUCCAGCAGGCACUCCAGGCUGUGACGAAGCUCGAGGUGGACGGCGACAACGCCAGCCGCGUCAAGGCCGGCAACGUGUCGCACGAUCUUGCUAAGUUGAGCCAGAGUAUCCGGGACCGGAAACAGGACUUGAUCCUUGCCACGAAUAUGCACACCAACAGCAUCUUGCUCGGUGCGCAGCAGUCGAAACGUCGUGGAGAUGGAGGACUACUGCAAUGCCCGCCGCCUCAAAUUCAGGAGGGCUGUGUGGCGAACUCUUACAAGGAAGGGGAGCCUGCUGCCACAUCAUCAGGUAUCAAAAAGUUCAGUUUGUCUGAACUGGAGGCCGCUACAAAAAACUUUUCAGAAGAGAACUUGAUUGAAGAAAGUGACUCUUGUACCGUAUACAAGGGCAGCUUAUUAUGUCACUUGUGCAUAUGUAUGCUUACCGUGGUUUUGGUACGUAUGGUAACCAAGGGUGAAUUACGUGACGGGUCUAAAGUUGCCAUCAAAGCAUAUGGUGAGAUGCAAUACGAGGCUUGCAGAAAAGAAUGUGAAAAUGAGGAGUAUAUCACGGGAAAGCUUCUACACAAAAACAUUUUGGAACUUGUGGGGUCUUGCUCUUCUGGUGGAUUGUUUUACCAGGUCUAUGAAUACAUGCACAACAGAAGCUUGUCUGAUCACUUGCAUGGCAGUAAGAUACAGUGGCCGAAGAUCUUCAAUACUAUUAUCCAAGGGAUUGCCCGUGGCGUAGAUUAUCUGCAUGAGCAAUGUGGACUCGGCAUCGUACAUCUUCAUUUAAAGCCGAGCAGCAUACAGUUGGAUCAUGACUAUACUCCCAAGAUUUGUGAUUUUGGCAUCUCCAAGAUGUUAGCUGAUUCUGCCAAGGAAAGGAUUGUUGAUACCAUAAUCGGCACAUGGGGUUUCAUGGCUCCAGAAUACAUGUUGUCUCGUAGGUUCUCAAUCAAAAGUGACGUCUACAGCUUUGGUGUCAUCCUCCUCGAGCUCAUCAGCGGAUGGAGCAGACAUGAGGAAGUGAAAAACAGCAAGGACCCGGUAAAUGAGUUGGUUUGGGGGUACUGGAAAAAGGGGGAGCUGGACGAGUGCGUUGACCCCAGGCUUUCUGGUGCCACUGGCGUAACGGAAUCGCAGAUUGAGGAGAUGAAGCGGUGCAUCCACGUGGCAUUGCUCUGUGUGGAAGAGGACCCGGAGCUGCGUCCCGACAUGUCCGAUGUGCUCUGGAUGCUCAGAGAUAACAGCCCGAUCGCCGGCAGGCGUUCCCCGCGGCGCCCAGCUUACACCACCUGACCUGAUUAAGGAUAGACGGUCGACCGCAAAGCUCUAGUGUACUGUAGCGUAGUGCAGUCUGUCUCUGUUUGGCCUUGCAUUUGUCGAUUUAUCGAGUCGUAAAUCAGAUGCUGGAUUGUAUAUAAGCCGGCCCGUGGAAAUAGAAGUUUUUUGCACCCCUUUCUUCCCCAAGUAUAGGUAGUGCCAUUGUUUUGUUCACCAUACGAAUAGGUAGUGCCAUUGUUUUUGUUCUCCACACGACAUUGUUGUUGGAAAAGUAAUGCAAUCUGCGCAGACCGUUUGCUGUGUGUUCCUUCUCAUGAUCAAUAUACUUUGAUGGUUAUCUUUCUAAA